UAUCAGUUGUCCUUUUGUAACAGAUCUAUUCAGAUUCUGGAAAAACUGUUUGAUUCUAACCAGAAAAUCGAUUUAUCAUAACUUUUUCCAUUAAAUGCCAUCUUAAAAGAUAAACUAUUAUUUUACAGUAAACAAACAGCCACUUUUUACCCUGAUUUGUUCAAUUUUAAGAUUAAAUUAGAAAGAGUAAUUAAAGAAAACAAGUAAGUAACACACUUUGAAUCUGUCAUGCCAAACAAACCAACAAAAACAGAGCAUGAGUCAGUGACAAAGCCCACCGGAGCCCCCUCUGACUCAGCUGUCAGCUGUCGGACUGUGGAUCCUGGGGGGUGGCGGGUGGAAGAACAGGACAGGGAAGCUUGUAUUGGAUUUCAGUGUUCCAGAAUAAAGCCCAUAGCUCCACGAYGAGCACCGUGUCCAAAAAUAACGGACCAGUUGGAGCUCAGUUGAUGACUGAGGACAGCUGAGGAAGUGGGCYGUCCCUGGACUCAGAUGGUGAACGGGGCUUUUAAAUYCACCUUCAAGACUAGAAAAGUACUCUGCGAUAAAGACCAUCCACGUUUGUUUGAUCCGCAACCUUGUAAAGACUCUUCAUAUAUUUAAGGAAACAAAAACAUGGCCCUGCCUGUAAACCCUAUGGAUGAGCCCAGGAUGUACCAGCAGACUCUGCUGCAGGACGGGCUCUACGACCUGCUGGAGAACGACAAGCUGGUCGACUGCGUGUUAAAGAUCAAGGACAAGGAAUUCCCCUGCCAUCGUUUGGUGCUGUGUGCCUGCAGCUCCUACUUCCGCUCCAUCUUCCUGUCCGACCUGGAGGAGAGCAAAAAGAGAGAGAUUGUUUUGGAGGACGUGGAGCCUGGUGUCAUGGGCCUGAUCCUCAAGUACCUGUACACCUCCAUCAUCAACGUGACGGAGCAGAACGUCCAGGACAUCUUUGCCGUUGCCAACAUGUUCCAGAUUCCUUCCAUUUUCACCGUCUGUGUGUCUUUUCUGCAGAAGCGCCUGAGCCUCAGCAACUGCCUGGCCGUCUUCAGGCUGGGCUUGAUGCUGGACUGUCCCAGGUUGGCCGUCUCCGCCCGAAACUACGCCUGCGAGCGCUUCCAGCUCAUCUCCAGAGACAAGGACUUCCUCCAGCUUCUCCCCAGUGAGCUGGCAGCCAUUUUAACAAAUGACAACCUGAACGUGGAGUCAGAGGAGGUGGUGUUUGAGGCCUUGAUGAACUGGAUGUCCCAGGACACAGAGAACAAACUGAAAGAACUCCCGGACCUGCUCGACUGCGUUCGCCUGCGUCUCGUCACGGACGAGUAUCUGAAGGAGAAGGUGGAGAAACACAAACUGAUCUCGUCCGAUCCAGAGAUCCAGAGGAAACUCCAGCUGGUUAGGGAUGCACGUGCCGGUAAAAUGCCAGAGGUUAAAAAAGGAAAAGACAAGGAGGACGCCAGCGGAGCAGAGAAAGAUGGAGACAAUGAAAAUAAAGAGGAGGAAGAAGAGGAAGGUCUUUUACCGGCUAUUCUCAACGACAACCUGAGAUUUGGGAUGUUUGUCCGGGAGCUGAUUCUGAUGGUGAACGAAGCAGGCGCCGUGGCCUACGACCCAUCAGGGAACGACUGCUUUGUAGCAACUCUCUCCACACAGGUCCCCAAGAACCACUCCAGUCUGGUGACCAGGGAGAACCAGAUAUUUGUGGUGGGAGGGUUAUUUGUUGAUGAAGAGAACAAGGUGGAUCCACUGUGCUCCUACUUCCUGCAGUAUGACCCAGUUAGUGCGGACUGGCUCGGGAUGCCUCCCCUCCCGUCUCCACGGUUCUUGUUCGGACUGGCCGAAGCAGAGAACUCCAUCUUUGUGCUGGGAGGGAAGGAGCUGAAGGAUCGAGAGCGAACGCUAGAUUCAGUUUUGGUCUAUGACAGACAUUCCUUUAAAUGGGGCGAGUCUGAGUCGAUUCCUUACCCGGUCUAUGGACACGCAACAGUAUCACACAACGAUUUGGUGUAUGUGAUCGGAGGAAAGGGAGACAGCAAGAGCUGUCUGAAGAAGAUGUGUGCUUAUGAUGCUAAGAGGUUUGAAUGGAAGGAGCUGGCUCCCAUGAAGAUUGCACGCACCCUGUUCGGAGCCACCCUUCAUCAAGACAGAAUCUACGUUGCAGCAGGUGUGACAGACGACGGCCUGACGGACUCUGUGGAGGUGUACGACAUCGCAACCAACGAGUGGUCAGACUUUGAGCCGUUUCCUCAGGAGCGCAGCUCUUUGAAUCUCGUAUCUCUGGCUGGUUCCCUCUACGCCGUGGGAGGUUUCGCCAUGAUGCCUUUGGAGGACAGCGAGGAGAUCCUUCCCAAAGAGAUGAACGACAUUUGGAGGUACAAYGAGACAGAGAAGAAGUGGAACGGSGUCUUACGAGAGAUUCAGUAYGCAUCUGGAGCAACGGUUUUAGGGGUCCGACUGAACACUCUGCACCUCACCAAGAUGUAAAACUGCCUCUUUUUCCUGGAAAUUUGGAUUAAUGGUGGCACAGCACUGCUUUAUACGCUCGUUAUUCCAAGUGUUUGAAUAAAAGGCAACUAAAUUUCCUUCUUUUACAAGUUUUUUGGGAAAAGUAAUCAUCUAAAGGCCAAAUUGCUUUGUUUUUAAGCMCUUCAUAAGUGCUGUUUUUAUUUUCAUCCUGUGUUGUUUUUCUAAUUAACAUUAUGACUUUAUAUUGCGAACAUUGUUAAUUUUUUUCCCUUAAUUACUUUUUAURUGAAUAUGUUUGUGCAAUUAACAGACUGAGUUGGUAAAUCCUAACAAACAUUAAUCUUUUUGCACUGAACUAAAUAAAAGUUUUAAUWAAAAAACUGA